UGCUACGUUCUUAUGCUUUUAUUGUGAAAAUGCUGACCGGACGUAUGUUGUCGGUGCCUCAAGUCUAGAAUAUAAAAAAGAUGAUAUUCGUCAAAACACGCUCAUAAUCAUUGGGGCAGCUUUGAGAAACGUCAUGUCGUGUUGUGAGUGCAGAGACCGGGAGGACACGGCGCGGGGGAGCAUCCUCUACAGCCUCCUCAACAGAGGCGCUCAGAGCCCGCAGGGACACCUGGAGACCGUCGCCGCGCAACAGCCCUGCUCCUGCGCGACCAGGAGGAAACUGGUCGCCAUUCGGGCUCCGCAAUUAGUUUUCAAAGCGGCCUCGGAGGUGCUUGUGAAAACUUUCAGAUUCGUGAAAAAUGUGCCGUGUUUUCGGGGUUUGCCGGCGGAAGACCAGCUCCGGCUUGUGCGCAACAGCUGGGCGCCGCUGCUGGUUUUGGGCAUGGUGCAGGACUCCGUGGACUUCGACACGGUGGAGACGCAGCAGCCGAGUCUGUUACACAUGAUUUUAACUCACAGCAAAGAGCGACAGCAGGAGCGCACUCCGGCAGAGAUCCAGGACCCAGGGGUGCCGGUCAGUGACGCGGAAGGGAUCAAAAUGUUUCAGGUGUGGUGCAGAGGACUGAGGAUCAGCGUCAAAGAAUACGCGUUUCUGAAGGGAGCGAUACUGUUCACCCCGGGAGUGACGGAGUUGGAGUGUCGGGAGUAUGUCCAGGCGCUUCAGAGAGAGGCUGAGCGCGCGCUUUACGAGCACGUGAGGACGGUCCACCGGGGUAAAGCGGGCCGGUUCGGCAGACUGCGGGCGGUGCUGAGCGCGCUGCGGUCCAUUGAGCCGGACGCGGUGGCGGGACUGUUCUUCAGACCCGUGACCGGGAGCAGCAGCAUAGAGGAACAUGUGCUCGCUAUGUUUUAUGGGCGGCAGAAUCCACAAUAGAGGACUGAGUGAUAGAUUCAAUGUGAUCAUGUAUUCAUCUGUCUUUAUUUUUACAGAAUUUACCGUGAGCUUGCUCAGAGCAUCAGCGGCACAUUAGGAGUUCUGUUUUUUGUGAGGACACUGAGGAGGCCUCCAGCCAGUCAGUGACACUGACAAUGACUCAAAACAUCUGUGCUGUUACCUUCUGGCAUAUUAUGCAUAUUAUAUUACGCAGCUGUCAUUUAAUGCCGGUAUUCAGCGUGGCGUAACAGUCCUAACAAAUCCCUGACUGAUUCUGCAGAGAUCCAACUCUGACACCAGAUGAGACUCAAGAACCAGGUUGCAGAGCAUUGUGGGAACAACACGCAGUCUCAAUAAGAGCAUCGCUUAGGUGACAAAAGUGUAAUACAAACAUCUGCCUAAACACAGACCUCGCAGUCAAGCUCCAUAUAUCCAUCAAAUCACAAACCUCCACAGUUUACAGCAUCCAUAGGUUGAAUACAUCAACUACAGCUGCAGAGCAUCUGCUCCCACAACACAAAGGCAUUAAAGCUCCCAUUACAAUGAGACUACCAAACGCAAUAUGAUUGAAAAAGCACAAACAGUAAGCAUUGCCUCAUGUUUGAAAAGCAGCGUUCAGAGAACCAGAAGCAAGAGAAUCACAGCUUUAGAAAGCAAAGUAGAAUAAGUGGUUCCUACCAUUGAUGCUCAGUUUGACGGGUGGAGGCCAUCAUCCAUCACUUUCUGUAAAGGAAAUAAAGAGUUUUAAAAACUAGUUGAAGUAGGCAUCCUUUCAUUUUACAAGAAAGUGAGUUUGAAGCUUGAAAUCUUAAUUGCGGGCCAUGUAAUUGCUGGUUCAGAUGCUGUUUAUUGCUAAAUGAAUCGUGGUAUUAAUGAACAAUGCUAUCAAACUCCUGCAGAUGCACUGUGGUCACUUUAGGGCUGUAAAAUCCAACUUAUUGCCCCUUAAACACAUUGCAAGCAGGCAUCAUAAUCAUUAGCACUCAGAUGUAUUUUUCACAGCUUUUAAAUUACUUUCUGUACACACACACACACACACACACACACACACACACACACACACACACACACAAAGUUAUGGGUGUCGAUUAAAACAGCUGCUACACAUUGUAACACACCGGUGGUUUGGGCUCCAUCUCCCUGUUCAGACAGCCUCAGUGAAUACACCGCCGCUCAGCAAGCAUUCGCUCUGGCCGCCUCGUUUCAUUAAUAUCGUCAGGAGCCGGCGCUGAGCUGUUCCUCUUCUUCCUCCUGCUCCCAGGUGCCCAGCGUGCCGUUACCUGGGAAAUACCAGCCUGAAUUAAACCACAGGAAACAAUACUGCAGAUUAUCCCUCCUGACGCGACGGGACACUGUGUGUUCAUUAUGUGAAUUAACAUUUCAUGCUGAGUCACCUCCCAUGACGCACACUUAUUUCCCAUCUUUGUCUUAACUUGAAGAUGUGUUGUGUGUUAUUUGAAGUUUUAAUACUGGCUGUGAUUAUAACGUGUACUCUGUGCUGAACCACCACGCUGCUGUCUCUGUUCCUAUAGUGACUUUACUGACUUCAACUGCUUCUGAUUUAACAUUAUGUGACGGCUAAACUUGUUAUGAUGGAUUGAACAGUCUCCUAAUUGUUACAGCAAAAUUCAUUAUUAAUUUACCUGGCAAUUAAAGCCACAAAACACAAUUUCCCAGAGCCCACAGAGGCACGUACAGAUUGCUCCAAACAACAGUCCAAAACACAAAGAGAAAACAAUCUAAUAUUAAAUCUUUUAUACACAUAUCAUCUAAUAUUAAAAUUGUUGUUGGUUAAUGUUCUGUCGAUGAGCUGGCACUAAAUAUUUUACACAUUUAGAUCAAAUAAACAGUGGGUUGCGUUUUAAAAUGUACACAACAUUUUGACAUGAGCUGCUGUUUACACCACAAGGACCGACAAUGCCCUGAUUUAAGAACGUUAACGCAAGUAAACACAUAGAACCGACCUAUUAGUCCGGCUGUUGGUGGCAUGUAUCGCUGCUGACAGGCUAUUGUGGCUUGAGAAAUACAGUCCGACUCCCGCAGGAAGUUAUACAGGCAGGCAUUAUUGUUGUGAGAAAGUACAGAUACUUGAUUCGCUAAACCUUACAGCUUUGUAAUCACUGACCACUUGACAUUUCUGGUACUUCUUCAGUCAAAGUUCUUCAAUUUUCCCUCAAGGCUACCGGCUCCGCAUUGUUAAAAGUCAGGUAUCAAAGUCUAAAAGUUACCAACUUCACAUUUCUGCUGCUUAUGACAAUGAGCGAAUGCUGAGUGCAGCUUCUGAGCGCGUUCUCUCAGGGCUUUUCUUUCCUCCGGAUGCAGCCUUUCAAGGCAGCAACAGACGUUUAAGCUUAGCCUUGAGUAUUAGCACCACAACCUUGCGAAGCAUUUGCAUUAAUGGCGUUUUCCCCCCUCUCAGCUACAGAGUCUAACACCAGCUAAGCUUGUCUCAGAUUACUGUGGUUUCCUUUUGGUGCAGGAUCUCACAUCACAAACAACAGCAGCAGCCAGUGGAGCUUCCACACUAAAUCUCAGGAAUACAGGCUGAUCCCUGUGUACACAAAUACUUCACACUAAAUGUGGACCUACACUGGAAGAAAUUAACCCUUACCUGUAAUGAAUACAUAGCAUUAUAACCUUUGAUACAUGAUUAUGAAGCUGGAUAGAUUAUUUGAUUGGCAGAAAAUUGAUCUAAACCUACUCUGAUCUUGAUCUAAUUGUUUUAAGUCUUUUAUGAAGCAACCCAAACCCCUCUUUAGUUACAGUUUGUUAGGUUUUGCUCUUUCUUUAUAUUAUGUGACAGUAAAGUAAAUAUCUGAGUUUUGGACUGCUGUCACACACAGCAGGACAUGUGAAGACUUCAGGUAGGAAACUGCUAUUGUGAGAAAUUGAAGCAAUGCCACAUUGAUGAAGGGUCAUCAAUAAAAUGACCCAACAUCAACUUUACCAUUACUAUGGUAUUGUUCAUAAUGUUCAUAGAGUUUGACACAACCAGGGGGAAUAUUUCAAUUUACAAUUAUCUAUCUACAGUAAAGGCAGACAUGGAAUAACUAACAUACAUCUUAUAAGACAGGCAGUGAAACUAAGUUAUUACUGUUAUACAGUCAACCUAACAAAGUACUACUAGUCUUAAUUAAACAUUGAACGUCUGCCUAUCUUUACUAACAUUUACAUUUCCUUUCUAUCAUUACUCUGAAUGCUUCAAUCUCAGUUCAACUGUUUAUACAUUGUAUAUGACUUUGUAAGGUCUGUGCAGGAACACGUGGAUGUACUGUGUACUUUACCUAUUAACAAGGUUUCAGCCAACUCUU